CAUGAGACUCCACUGAAGGCUAGUUAUCGUCUGCUGUUUUCACCCAAAAAAAACAAACAAACAAAAACAACCCCAAAAACACAGUAGGUGGAGGUGGAAGAGUUAAAGAUGUUAAUAUUUUCUUGUUGGGAGUGACCAGAAUGGACAAGAUGAGAAAUGAGCUCAGGUAGAGCAGUUUGGAGGCAAAGUUAGAGAGUCAAGGCUGAGAGGGUUUGGACAUGUGCAGAGGAGGGAUAGUGGAUAUACUGAACAAAGGAUGUUGAAUAUGGAGCUGGCAGACUAGAGGAAAAGAAAGAAAACCACGAAGAAGAUUUAUGGUUGUAGUGAAAGAGGAUAUGUAGAGGGCAUCCACGACAGAGGAGGUGGAUUUUCCUGUGGCACAGCAGGAAUGCAUGGUGGAGCCUAUGGGGAGCUCGGGGGCAGCCUCCCCGCCAUCGCCUCCCUGAACGCUUCCUACUCUACAUCGAUGUCCAUCCCAUCCCCGUACCUGUUGACACCACCUCCAGAGCGCAAAAAGAUCUCUGACGUGCGCCGCACCUUCUGUCUCUUUGUGACCUUCGACCUUCUCUUCAUUUUCCUUCUCUGGAUUAUUGAGCUUAACAUCUCAAACUCACUUUGGGAGAGUUUAGGGAACGAGGUCCUCCAUUAUAACUUCAAGUCAUCCUUCUUUGACAUUGCUCUCCUUGCCUUGUUUCGUUUCCUGUGUCUACAAGUGGCCUAUGCUGGUUUUCGGUUGAGGCAUUGGUGGGUUAUUGCGAUUACCACUCUGGUAACAACCAUCUUCCUCGUUGUCAAAGUUAUCAUAUCGAAUAAGCAAAAUGCUUUUGGCUAUGUUCUGCCCAUCACCUCGUUUGUGGUCGCCUGGUUGGAGACCUGGUUCCUUGACUUCAAAGUUCUCCCUCAGGAGGCUGAUGAUGAAAGGGCCUACCUAGCAGCAGUGAAUGCAGCCUGUGAACGAGCCCCUAUUUACUCUCACGCUGUCUCAGAUGGACAGUUCUACUCUCCACCUGAAUCUGUCGCAGACUCUGACGAGGAGCCUGAUGAGGAGGGUCCUGGGCGUAGAGCUGUCACUGCUCAGGAGAAGGAGUAUGUGAGACAGGGUUAUGAGGCAAUGUCUGUGGUGGAACAGAUCCUAGCCCAGGAGGAAAACUGGAAAUUUGAAAAACACAAUGAUAUGGGCGACUCAGUUUACACUCUGGAAGUUCCUUUCCAUGGAAAGACUUUCAUUCUCAAGGCCCUCAUGCAGUGUCCCGCUGAGCUUGUGUAUCAGGAGGUGAUCCUGCAGCCGGAGAAGAUGGUUCAGUGGAACAAAACAGUUUCUGUCUGCCAGAUCCUUCAGAGAGUUGACGACAACACUCUUGUCUCAUAUGACGUAUCUGCUGGAGCAGCAGGGGGAGUUGUGUCUGCGAGGGACUUUGUUAAUGUUCGCCGAGUGGAGCGCAAACGAGACUGUUACCUGUCUGCUGGCAUAGCAACCAACCACGAUGCCAAACCUCCAAGCAAUCGCUAUGUCAGAGGAGAAAAUGGGCCCGGAGGUUUUGUGGUCCUCAAAUCCAGCAGUAACCCAUCCAUCUGCACUUUCAUCUGGGUCCUCAACACAGACUUAAAGGGCCGUCUGCCACGCUACCUCAUCCACCAGAGUCUGGCAGCCACAAUGUUUGAGUUCAUGUCCCAUUUACGCCAACGAAUUACCGACGUGCGGCCCUCUCAUCGUUCCCACCACCACCAUCACCACCACCACUCUCAAAACUAGAGAGAAGUUUUAAGUGGCCACUUGAAAGGUCACUAGCCAAAACUGGCCAUCACGGCGUCCGCUGAAUGCUCCUAAGCUGAAGGGAUGCACCUAUGUACCUGACAAGGUUGCAACUUUAUGCAAAGGAGAUGUGAGACAUUUCCCAUGUUUCAGCCACACAAAGUGAGGAGUUAUUCAGAUAUCAAAGACUAAACAUUUUGUAUCAUUUUGAGGAAGUUUAAGCAUAAUCACAAGGGGAACUUUUGCGUGGACCUGUAACCGUUUUGCUAUGUUUCUCGCCAUGUAAUGAAAACUGUUUUCUGAGACUUUACAGAAACAAGACUUGGAUAAAAAAGUGAUUACCAAUGUUGGAAUCUGUGUUACAGAAUAGCUAUUGCAGUAGUAUGACUGAAACAGCUGUCUAUCUGAGCCUUAUCUUUCUGCACACAUUGUUAGUCAUUGAUUUACUGCUUUUCUUGUGUGUGUGUGUCUAUUUUUUCACUGCACCAUAAUGAAUUUGUUUUUCUGGUGCACCUGCCUACACUUCACAGCCAUAUUUCCACACAAUUUUUUCUACUUUACUACACUGUGAUACAUUACAGGGGGCUCUCUGCUAUGUGGUCACCACUAGAGGGAGACACCACUGAUCCACACAGUGAAGCGUUCUUGGUUUGACACCAGCUUCUGUGCCAUAGUGCAACAUUAAAGCUAACAUUUAAUUACUGUAUGUUUUUUAAUGCUGCUUUUGUUUUGCACUUUGGGAUCAGCCAGGAGUUCAAACCAGGACUCGGAUCAUACUAAUGUUUUUUUUCCAAUAACCUCAAGUGGCCUUGUGUUAAAGUAGCUCAACUUAUUUGUCAUGAAAGGUUAUUACUGUACUGCUAUAAUUAGAUUAGGCCCCCUGUGGCCUGAGGUGUGGCACUGAAUGAGUUUGUUAAUGUUUUUAAUCAUGGGGAAAAAAAAAGACAUUCCCUGCAGCUUAAGUUGUGUAUCAGUGUUAUGAUGUACCUCAGAAAAUCAAUUUUUAGGAUUACAUCUGUAAUCAAAAGAAUUUAAAAGAUGAAGUUGGUUGAAGUUAUUGUGAAGUUGACCUGAAGAGAGUGCUGGUCUUCCCUGAACUUUUCUAUAUUGGUGUAACGGCAAAAUCUUUAAGUAAUAACACUUAGUGGUGUAACUGUGGCACCCACAUGACUGUGAGGCGUUACACUUCAUAAGCUUGUGUAUGUAGUCACGCUCAGAAAUCAUUAAUGCAAAAAAAACAAGUUUAUUAAGAUUAUCUGGAUAAUAAAUCAGGACUCACUUACGCUACUUACUGUACUGAAGGAAUGUUGGAAGUGAAAAUAAAUAAUGAUAUCAAUAAUUUGGUGCCUUUUAUCAGAGUAGUUUUACAUGCCAGUCUUUUGUUUUACUUUUCCAUUUAUUUCCUGCUGUUAUGUCUGUGCUUUCGUACCUUCGACAAAGAUUAUUUACAUAAACCCUGCUUAGAAUACUUAACUGUUUUUUUAAAUAAUUUUAAAUUGAUUUGUUUAUACAAACAUUUUAAUUUAUGCUCAUCACUACUGAACAAGAAUUUUUACUGAGUCUUAAACAGUGUCUUACAUCUAAUAAAAUAUAUGAAAAGAUGA